GAGGCGGGAGGGGGCGUGGCCUCGACGGGCAGGCGACGAUAAGAGGUGGCGUCCGCCGCGGCUUUGCGAGCACCGCCCGUGUGCGCCGCCGGGCGUUGGCGGUGUGGCCCCUGCGUCUCCCGCUUCCUUGAAACACCCGGGCGGGCGAGCGAGGCUGCGGGGCCCGGCCGCUGCCUUUCCCCACACUCCCGGCCGAGGAGCCUCGCUCGGCGCCCAACAUGGCGGGUGGGCGCUGCGGCCCGCAGCUAACGGCGCUCCUGGCCGCCUGGGUGGCGGCUGUGGCGGCGACGGCAGGCCCCGAGCAGGCCGCGCUGCCGGCGGAGCAGAGCCGGGUCCAGCCCAUGACCGCCUCCAACUGGACGCUGGUGAUGGAGGGCGAGUGGAUGCUGAAAUUUUACGCCCCAUGGUGUCCAUCCUGCCAGCAGACUGAUUCAGAAUGGGAGGCUUUUGCAAAGAAUGGUGAAAUACUUCAGAUCAGUGUGGGGAAGGUAGAUGUCAUUCAAGAACCAGGUUUGAGUGGCCGCUUCUUUGUCACCACUCUCCCAGCAUUUUUUCAUGCAAAGGAUGGGAUAUUCCGCCGUUAUCGUGGCCCAGGAAUCUUCGAAGACCUGCAGAAUUAUAUCUUAGAGAAGAAAUGGCAAUCAGUUGAGCCUCUGACUGGCUGGAAAUCCCCGGCAUCUCUAACGAUGUCUGGAAUGGCUGGUCUUUUUAGCAUCUCUGGCAAAAUAUGGCAUCUUCACAACUAUUUCACAGUGACCCUUGGAAUUCCUGCUUGGUGUUCUUACGUCUUUUUCGUCAUAGCCACCUUGGUUUUUGGCCUUUUUAUGGGUCUGGUCUUGGUGGUAAUAUCAGAAUGUUUCUAUGUGCCACUUCCAAGGCAUUUAUCUGAACGUUCUGAGCAGAAUCGGAGGUCAGAGGAGGCUCAUAGGGCUGAACAGUUGCAGGAUGCAGAGGAAGAAAAAGAUGAUUCAAAUGAAGAAGAAAACAAAGACAGCCUUGUAGAUGAGGAAGAAGAAAAAGAAGAUCUUGGCGAUGAGGAUGAAGCAGAGGAAGAAGAGGAGGAGGACAACCUGGCUGCUGGUGUGGAUGAGGAGAGAAGUGAGGCCAAUGACCAGGGGCCCCCAGGAGAGGACAUUGCGACCCGUGAGGAAGUAGAGCCUGAAGAGGCUGAAGAAGGCAUCUCUGAGCAACCCUGCCCAGCUGACACAGAGGUGGUGGAAGACUCCUUGAGGCAGCGUAAAAGUCAGCAUGCUGACAAGGGACUGUAGAUUUAAUGACGCGUUUUCAAGAAUAUGCACCAAAACAGUAUGUCAGCUUCCCUCUGGCCUGCAGUUUGUACCAAAUCCUUAAUUUUUCCUGAAUGAGCAAGCUUCUCUCUUAAAAGAUGCUGUCUAGUCAUUUGGUCUCAUGGCAGUAAGCCUCAUGUAUACUAAGGAGAGUGUUUCAGGUGUGACAAUCAGGAUAUAGAAAAACAAAUGUAGUGUUGGGAUCUUUGGAGACUGGGAUGGGAAACAAGUUCAUUUACUUAGGGGUCAGAGAGUCUUGACCAGAGGAGUCCACUUCCAGUCCUAAUCAGCACCUUCCAGAGACAAGGCUGCAGGCCCUGUGAAAUGAAAGCCAAGCAGGAGCCUUGGCUCCUGAGCGUCCUCAAAGUGUAACGUAGAAGCCUUGCUUCCUUUUCUUGUGUAAAGUAUUUAUUUUCGUCAAAUUGCAAGAAACAUCAGGCACCACAGUGCAUGAAAAAUCUUUUACAGCUUGAAAUUGAAAGGGCCUUGGGUAUAGAGAGCAGCUCAGAAGUCAUCCCAGCCCUCUGAAUCUCCUGUGUUAUGUUUUAUUUCUUACCUUUAAUUUUUCCAACUUUUCCACCACGGGCAUUCAGGCUCUCCACUCUUCACUAUUAUCUCUUGGUCAGAGGACUCCAAUAGCAGCCAGGUUUACAUGAACUGUGUUUGUUUAUUCUGACCUAAGGGGUUUAGAUAAUCAGUAACCAAAAACCCUGAAGCCAUGACUGCCAAACAUCUCAAAUGAAAUGUUGCAGCCAUCAGAGACUCAAAAGGAAGUAAGGAUUUUACAAGACAGAUAAAAAAAAAAUUGUUUUGUCCAAAAUAUAGUUGUUGUUGUUGAUUUUUUUUUAAGUUUUCUUAGCAAUAUUUUUCAAGCCAGAAGUCCUCUAAGUCUUGCCAGUACAAGGUAAUCUUGUGAAGGAAAGGUGAAUACUGUUUUGUUUUGUUUUCAUCUCAAGGGGUUCCCUGGGUCUUGAACUACUUUAAUAAUAACUAAAAAACCACUUCUGAUUUUCCUUCAGUGAUGUGCUUUUGGUGAAAGAAUUAAUGAACUCCAGUACCUGAAAGUGAAAGAUUUGAUUUUGUUUCCAUCUUCUGUAAUCUUCCAAAGAAUUAUAUCUUUGUAAAUCUCUCAAUACUCAAUCUAUUGUGAGUACCCAGGGAGGCUAAUUUCUUUUAAAAAAAGAAAAAAUCUAUCCAUCUACUUCUCUCUUACCUGAUUUAUGUGUUAGAAUAAAUCCAUGAAAUUAGAUUCCAAGCAUACGAAAGAUGCCUAAAAGUUAGAAUAAAUUCAUGAAAUUAGAUUCCAAGCAUACGAAAGAUGCCUAAAGUUGAUUCUAUGCCCCUUGGAUCCAGACAGAAUAAUGAGUAGAGGUUUAUGAAAUUCUAAAAGUUUCUGUCAUCUUUAAAAAAGCACAUGUGGUAUAUUUUUAUCUGGCUGUUUAGAUAACCUUUUCCUUUUAUUAAUUGUGAGCAGGGAGCUCACUGGUGGGGGAGGUUCUGAAACUCUCUGCCCUCCUGUGGUUGAAUGAGGAUAUGUUGCAAGACUUGCACAAAGGAGGUUAUUCUUCUGACAGCAUCAACUUUUAGAGAUGGUUCUUUUUCAUCUUUCCAAUUCAGUUACUUGACAGUCUCCUUCCCCAGUAUGCUAAAGUUUGUUAAGAGUCACCAGUAAUUGUGCUUCUCAGACAGUAGUGCAGCUUCAAGAUCGAGGCCAUCACUGGGCUGAUGGACUGGGAGAACCUUGCCAUGUACCUGCCUAUUUUCUGCCCCCUUAGUCACUGCCCAUUUCCUGCCCCCUUGGUCGCUGACACACCUUCACCCAAAGUGCCAUGGUUCUGAUGGUGGCAGUUCCAUCUCCCUGACAUCAGGAAGCUUUUCUGGAUCAGAGCAGAGCGGAGCCUGCCUGCCCUCGUGUCACUGGAUUUCUUUCUCUUAUAAUCAGCUGAAACAGAGUUUUCAAAGAAUAGUAAACUCAGGUUCAGAGGUAUUAUGGAAUAAGAAUGGUUUUAUAGUUUGGCUUUUCUAUAUGAUGCCUCCCCUUCAAACUGAAAUAUUCAUUUUUUUAGUGGAGUAUUUGACUAGAGGGGAGGAAAGGCAGAAAUACAGUCUACACUGGCUUUUACAAAUGUAAAGCCAAUUUCCAACUGGACCCCAAAUAGUACAGGUUGAACAUUCCUGUUCCAACAGUCCAAAACCCCAAAUGCUCCAAAAUCUUAAACUGAGUUCCAACAUUCUUCAGAAGAGGAAAAUUUUACACCUGACCUCAUUUGACAGGUGGCAGUUACAAUGCAAUCAAAACUUUGUUCCAUGCACAAGAUUAUUAAAAAUAUUGGAUAAAAUUACCUUCAAGCUAUGUUGCAUAAGGUGUAUAUAAAACAAAUGAAUUUUGUGUUUAGAUUUGGGUCUACUCCCAAGAUACCUCAUUAUAUAUACAAAAAUCCCCAAAUCCAAAAACAUUUGUAACCCUUCUGGUCUCACACAUUUUGGAUAAGGGAUAUUUGACCUAUAUCUAAUUAUAUAAUAAGAAAAAUGUAUUCUCUUUUUUUUUUUGAGAUGGAGUUUCACUCUUGUCGCCCAAGCUGCAAUGGCACAAUCUUGGCUUACUGCAACCUCCGCCUCCCUAGUUCAAGGGAUUCUCCUGCUUCAGCCUCCCAGGUAGCUGGGAUUACAGGCAUGUACCACCAUGCCUGGCUAAUUUUGUAUUUUUAGUAGAGACGGGGUUUCACCAUGUUGGUCAGACGGGCCUUGAACUCCUGACCUCAGGUGAUCCGCCCGCCUUGGCCUCCCAAAGUGCUAGGAUUACAGGCGUGAGCCACCACACCUGGCAGAAAAUGUACUUUCUUUCUCAGCAAUACUUUAAAAAAAUUGAAGGGUGAGGAAAAAACAUCUUGGAGAAGAGGACCCAUUAAAACUUUAAAUAUCUGUGGGAACCAUUUUUCCUGAUUUUCCCUUUUUUAACAUCAUGGCAAAGAUGGUUUUUUUUCCAAAUGACCUGAUAAGUACAUAACUAAUUUAAUUUCUUUCCACUUGAAGAUUUUAGGUUUGUUUUCAAUACUUAAUUAAUAUAAAACUAAAGGAGAAAAGUCAACCUAAAAUCAUUUAAACUUAAAAUUACAUGAACAUUUCAAUAAGAGUUUGUGGAUUUUUUCUGUAGAUAAUAUAUUUGAUCCAGAACUCAAGUGCAUGGAAACAUGAUUUUGAUUUUUUAAAUCUAAAAAAAAAAAAUUAAAAUCAUGUUUCCCUCUAUUGCAAUAUCAGUUAUGUAGUCACAGAAUGGUAUUUUAUGUAAAUACAAAUUAGGUGAAUGCAAUGCAGGUAACUGGUUUUGGAAUGGGAAUGUGCAGUGCUUUAUGUCUGGGGAGUUGGAGCAGGGUACCUUUUCAUCAAUUAGAAGGAAAGUUUGAAACUUCUGAUUACCUUUAUGUUGGUUUCUCUUAUUAUUUAUCUCUUGCUAGAUCUGCUAAACCAACCCAGCUUGCUCAGAGAUCUCAUAUUGAAGCAACAUACAGGCAAUCCACAUCUUUCUUUCCCUUUGAAGUACAGUCAUCGGAUGGGAUGAGGGACAGGGCCUGUUGGGUUCACAGGGCCUUGCACUGCAUGGGCACAUACUUAAAAGCUCUUCUUGUGCAUGGAAUCCCUGUCUGUUAGCCACAGGCCUCUUUAACGCUAUACAUUCAAAAUAACUACUGUAGUAGAAAAUAGAUAAGCUUCAGCUGAGUUAGCUUUUGAUUGUGGAAAAAAACAAAAUUUGACUUUUUAUGGCCAAAAUUCCUUGUUGACAGCUGUGAUAUUCUGAUACGAUUUGGGAAUAUGUCAGUCUACAGAACCUGUAUCCUGUAAAAACUCCUUUGGGGUAGAUGAUAAAAGUCAUUUUUAAGGCAAGUACUUACCAUGUAACUUUUUAUUACCAAAUGCAUCAGUAGUGGAGCUGGUAUGUUGUUUUAUAGGAUGGAAACAUUAAAAGUCCAGAGAAAAAUAAAUUUUAAAAAAAGAUGGAAAAGAUAGGGUAAACCUGAGAUUUCAGCAUAAAAUCUUGAGUAUGAAGUGAGAGAAAGAAGAGGGAGGCUGGUUCUCUUGCUCAUAUCAAUAGGCUAUCUGUUUCCUUCAUCUUGGUGUUGCAGUGUUAUUUGUCAGUAUUAUAAAUAUGUGGUUGACCCAUCCUGUCAAAUGUACCAACAUUUUCGAAAGAAUUGAUUCAAAUCUCUUAUGCCAACAGAAAAGUUCCUUCUUGUGUAAUAUCUCUUUACCUCAGUCCUACAUUUUGAUUCUCUGGAGGAGAUUUUAGCUUGUCUUAAAAAGCCAAAUUUGGAGUCAUCAAGCCUGCGCUGAACCUGAUGGGGCAGCUUUUUGAACAGCUUUCUGGAAGCAAGAACUUCAGUGGAAAAGCCCUUUGAUUGCUUCAGCCCGGGACAUGGCCUUCAGAUGGCGUAUUCUCAGUAAAGCUUUAUGUAGACUGUGACACUGUGUAUGUGUGACUCAUACAACUUUGACGUGUUUCUGAGGUAGUUUAAUCGUAUUUGUUAUUAGCUUCUUUGUGGAAAUGCAAUUUUUAUACUAAAAGCAUUGCUUAUUUGCAAUGUAGUCUGUUAUAAAUUUGUUGUUUAUAUCAUUUGUAUUAGUCUUAGCCUAAUGAACCUAAUUAUUUUUCUUUCUGUAUUCUUUGCUUCCUCACAUAGCAUCUGCAGCAAUUGGAAUGAGAAAUCCAGAUAUGUGUUUCAAGUAGUACAUUGCCUGAAUCACAAAUCACUUGAUCACAGUAUUGUAUAUAAUCCCUGAUCCUAUUUGUCUCAUUUUAUUGUAAAUUCCCAUUUGCAUCAAAACCUAAUGAUAGUGAUUGGUAAGUAAAAACAAAUGAUGUAUUGCUUUUCAUACAAGUGUUUUCACAAAAGCCAUUUGCUUAGGCAGCAAAAAAUAUUAAUUUGUUAAAAAAAAUUUUCCUUCGUGUCCAUCCUC